CGAACUAUACAGAUAGUAACAAAACCAAGUUUCCUGCAUUGAUUUAUUAUCAGCUGUUCAGUCUAAUUUCCUGUAAAAAUUUUGUGUCAACUAAUUUUCAUAAUAGAAAAAAAUAAAGAAAAAUGUCUGUUGCGGAGUUCUUAAAGGGGCUGCCUUCGUAUGAUGAAAGUAAUUUUUCACGAUUUCAUACGGAUAAUAAUAGCAGAUCUGGUAUGAAAAGACCUUCCGUUUAUUUACCUACCAAAGAUUAUCCAUCCGAACAGAUUAUUGUUACAGAGAAAACGAGCAUUCUACUUAGAUAUUUACAUCAAUUAUGGGACAAGAAGCAAAACACUCAGAAAAAACGUGACCACACAGCAUCUGAAGGCACAAAUGAUGAAACCUGGGGAGCACGAAAAAGGCCGCGUGUUGAUGAUGUUUUACCAUUGUAAUAACAACUAUACGAUGUACACUUCGAUCUUUUAAUUAUUUAAGUACACACAAAUAAUCAAUAUCAGACAUAUGAUUCUUCAAAAGUACAGAAACAUCAUUAUUAUUUAUUAUUAAUAUAAUUAUAGACAAGAAAAAUUUUAUAUUAUGCUUUUUUCUAUUAAUUAAGUAUGCAGGUUUUCGAAAUUGAAUUAUAUAUUUCUACUCGAAUAAUAAGUUGGCAUUUCGGUUAAAUUACAAAAAUUUUUAAUUCUCAUUUGCUGGAAAUUUAUAAAUAUUGUGUUUUGUAAAAUUUACUCUGAUCAGAUUUCGAGAAUUUCAUAAAUUACAUGGAAUGAUUUCAGUAUUUAAAAAUCUAAUAAAAUAUUAUAUUUAUCAGAUAUAUGGCAAAGAAAAUUGUAUCCAUUACUAGAUUUAAUGCUGAAAUCGGCAAAAAUUUGAUAGUUUUAUCAAUUUAGUUUACUAUUUUAUGUAUUUCUACGUAUAGUGUAAUAAAUAACGUUUUUCAUUUCAAUUUUUUUUAAAUACAAUACGAUCUGUGACAAAGAAAACUUAUAAUUUGGCAAAUCUAAUGGGUCCAAAGUUUCAGAUUCAUAUAUUCUAAACUUAUACCCUUUUCUAGGCUUCUAUAGGAAUAAAAUACAAAUAGAGAUUUUAAUAUUCUUCAUACGUAUCCUACACAUGGCAUCGUCGAAAACGAGAUAUCUCCUCAACGAAUCAAUCAACAAAAUCCCAACCAAAAGGUCGAUUAUCGUUCGGAACCAUAUAAUAGUUUUGUUGAGAUUCUGUAAAAUUAAAAUCUUCGUUCUUUUUACAAAAUUCUAAUGAUCAAUGCAUUAUGUUAUGAGUUCCCUUUGACGAUGCUAGCAAGUUUAUUUGACACGCAGAUAAUUUUAUCACACCUAUCAGAAACACAACUCUAAAAUAAAGAUAAGAUUUCAAAAUAUUAAGGCAAAACAGAAAAUUAAAGCUCGAAGUGCCGCACAUGAGAAGAACUGUGAAAUAAAAUAUUUCAACCAAGUCGUAGACCAACUACUGAAAAAUAUAUUUUUUUAUUUAGAAGCUAAUUUGCCAGGAUAAGUGCCUUUGAGGAUCGUAUUGUUUUUACAAAUUUUUUAGUUUGUACUUGUAUAUAAUAUUUAGAAUCAUUUGUCUGAAACGUUAAUAAUAGUUACAUUCAAGUAUGUUUUAUCUUGGUAUAUUAGAAAAAAUUUUUAAAUCAGAUUUGAAAUACGAAUCUUGGGCAAAAUAUAAAUUGUCAUUUUCUUAUGGGACUGCUUCAAUUUUAAUUCGAUUCUUGGGAUUCACUUUAUCUAACAUUAACUUAAUUUGAACAACCACUUGGAGACUGGUAAAUAAUUAAGGCAGUAUCAAGUCGAGCAGAAUAAAGAGAAAGGCUAACCGUAUAGAUCCUUACAAAUUCCAUUUUUAAAUAUACGUUUCUACUCCAAUAGAAAAUUCAAAAUUUCCGAAUUAAAUUGUGCCAUAGACACAGUUUUUUUUUUUUUUUUGCUCUAUUAAUAGUCUGAUACUAACAUCGGAUAUUAUUUAGUAAUAUACUAAGAUAAAAAAUACGACUUUUGAUCGAAUUCUUUAAACUACAGAGUUUGAAGGGAAUCGAAUUACCCAUUAAACUGUAUAAUCGACUAAUUUCAAAUCCUAUGAGUGUAAGCACUCGCAUUUCAUUGUCCUAUUUAAUUAAAAUACCGAUCAAAAGUCUGUCACGUGCGCUGUUUCUAUUGAAUUUCAAUGGAAUAUGAGAAUAUUAAUGUAAGAUUAUUUACUAUAAAAUUAAUUUUAUAAUGC